GUGUGUGACGAACCGGAGGAGCUGCAGAGAAAGGCUACCGAGCUGGCUGCUGCCAUCCGCAAUGCCAAGCACCUCGUCAUCUACACGGGAGCCGGGAUCAGUACGGCAGCUUCAAUCCCAGACUACAGAGGCCCUAACGGCAUCUGGACGUUGCUGCAGAAGGGCCGGAGCAUCAGGGCUACAGACCUGAGCGAGGCAGAGCCCACGCUCACCCACAUGAGCAUCGCCUGCCUGCACAAGCACAACCUGGUGCAGCACGUGGUGUCUCAGAACUGUGAUGGGCUGCACCUGCGGAGCGGGUUACCCCGGGCAGCGAUAUCGGAGCUUCACGGAAACAUGUACAUAGAGGUCUGCACUUCCUGUACGCCCAACAGAGAGUACGUGCGAGUGUUCGACGUGACGGAGCGCACGGCCCUGCACAGGCACCUCACGGGCAGGAUGUGCCACAAGUGUGGGGCACAGUUGAGAGACACAAUCGUCCACUUUGGGGAGAAGGGGACGUUGAGGCAGCCCCUGAACUGGGAAGCAGCAACAGAAGCUGCAAGCAAAGCAGAUGUGAUUCUUUGUCUGGGUUCCAGCUUAAAGGUGCUGAAAAAAUACCCCUGUCUCUGGUGCAUGAGCAAACCGCCCGCGCGCCGGCCCAGGCUCUACAUCGUCAACCUGCAGGUGAGGGCCCCCAGGCCGC